AUGGGCAGUCCGACAGGGAGCAAGAGAUCCAGCCGGAGCGACUCUGAGGCCGGGGCUGCUCCCAGGUCAAGCCCCAUUAACAAGUCAAGUCCUCCGGGACACUCAGACGAUCAGAGGCACCUGGACGAGGAGCUGACGGCUGAGAACCUGGGCCUCUUACACGGAGAUGCCAUCAUCGAGCCGGGUGGCAGCGACGAGGAUGGCGAGUUCUCGCCCAGCGAGUUCGACGCCGAAUCGCUCAGCAACUUUUCAGAUUCCACCUCGCUGAAUUCCAGUAUCCUGCAGCAUAGUUUUGUGAAUGGCCGGCGGUACCACCGCUAUCGACAUGGGAGAUAUCCGAUCCCGAAUGAUGAUGCCGAGCAGAAUCGGGAGGAUAUGCUGCAUACCAUGAUGCUGGAGGCGACAGAUGGCAAGCUGUAUUAUGCCCCAAUCGGCGACCAUAUCCAGAAGAUUAUUGACUUGGGCACUGGGACGGGCUUAUGGGCCAUGGACAUGGGCGAUAAAUUUCGAGGCGCCGAAAUCCUAGGAAUCGAUCUGAGCCCCAUCCAGCCCCAAUGGGUUCCUGCAAACGUCACAUUCAUCAUUGACGACGUGGAGGCGGAGUGGCUCAAUGGCGAUGAUUGGGAUUUUGUUCAUCUGCGCAACAUGAUACCCGUUAUGAAGUCACCAGUUGAUCUUCUCAAGCAAGCAUACGACCAUAUGAAGCCUGGCGGUUGGGUUGAGCUGCAAGAUGUAGACGGAGACGUCCAUUCCGACGAUGAUACGGUACCGGAUGGCUGGCCGCUGAAGCGAUUUACCGAGAUUCUGCUCGAGGGAUUUGCAAAGUUUGGCACGAAUGCUCACGCGGCUGUGUUUGGGGGGCAGUACUUGGAAGAGGCAGGCUUCGUUAAUAUCCAGCACAACUACAUCAAGCUGCCGUACGGCACAUGGCCAAAAGACAAGGUCAUGCGUCUGGUUGGCAUGUACUAUCGCAUCGCCUGCGAGGAAUUCUUCCCUGCCGUCGGAGCCAUCCAUUUCCCCAUGCUCGGAUGGGAAAAGGACGAAAUGGAAAUCUUCUUCAUGCAGUGUCGCCAGGCUAUGCGAGAUCCCAAGGUCCAUGCGUAUGGCAAGAUGCACUUUUGGAGUGGUCAAAAACCUCUUGAUGCGUGAUGAACCGAUUCAGCUCGAUAUCAUGGUGCGAUUAGAUUGACAGCGUUACUGAGAAUACGAAAGUACAGGAAUACCCAUGGAAAGUUAUAGAGAAGCGAGAAGCGAAUUCAUAUGAGAGCGUGUUCUUUUGUUUGGGUAUCAUUUAGUUUGGCCCUUUGCACUGAGCUUAUGCAGGCAAGAUUCGUAUUGGGAGAGUUCAUGAUUUAUGUUACGGUAUAUAUAGUGAAGCGGUUAUGCCGCGGAAAGAUUCGGGACUUGGUAUUGUUCUUUUUCCUUGCCGACCUCAAUUCCAUACAGACAUAGCUACACAGUAUGAUUUAAUGAAAAAAUAAAUAAGACGCCAUAUGGAAACAGAUGCCAAAUCCCCCCUACUCUAUUUUCACGAGAAUAUGGCUCUCAUAUACAUGUAUUCUAAUCACGAAGCAUUUACCGUCGACCCUUCUUACUCUUCUUCCCACUUGGCCUCUCCUCCUCCUCUCCGCCGACAGCCAUCUUCCUCUUCUUCCUGCCCUCCUCCAA